AUGCUCGGUAUCCCGUGUUGCCAUGCUGUUGCAUGCAUUUACUUCCUGAACAAAGAAGCUGAAGCGUAUGUAGAUGACUGCUACAAAAGAGAAGUGUACUUGAAAGCAUACUCAGGCUCCAUACCAGCAAUUGAAGGUGAACGCUAUUGGCCUAGGGUGGAGCAUCCUUUAGAUCCUCCCCCCAUCAAAAUUGAGCCAGGGAGACCUAGAGUAAACAGAAUCAGGGAUCCAAUGGAGGAUCCGAAGAAGCCCGGAACCUUGAAAAGAACUGGCAUUGAAAUGACAUGCAGUGUGUGUCAUAUCAAGGGCCACAAUAAAAGGCGAUGCCCCAACAAGGACAGUGCACCUGCCCCAUCUGAACCCCAACCAAAAAGGCCAAGAGGCAGACCAAGGAAGGAUGGUCAACCUCCUGUCUCUCACUCACAAGUUGCAUCAACUGAUCACCACAAUGCAACUGCACUACCAAGCAAACUUGGAAGAGGAGGUAGGAUGUGCAGAGGUGGAGCCGGUUCAUGGGGGGGGGGGGGGAAGAACAUCAAGAGGCAGAGGCACAAGGGGAGGGAGGACAUCUACAGGAAGAGGAAGGGGAAGAAACCAAGUACCGGUGGGCAGUGGGUGGUUCAUUGCAUCAGAUGGCAAGGUUCUAGACAACCUAGAUCAGCCAAUGAACAAGCUACCCCAUCAAGUCAAGCCUCCACAGUGCACCAAGGAACCCAGCCUCGUGCUUAG